CCUGUCUCAUCUUGCUGUUCCCCUCUUCUUGGAUGUUUCUUUAGUAGCAAGCCCCAUCAUGGCUGAUUGAGCCUCCAGUGUUGAUACUGCACACUGUCAAACUGAUUGCACAUCAGAUACAUCAUACAUGGAUCGUGAGGUCCUGGAGCGCAUACUUGAUGGAACAGAGAAGCCGACAAAUCUAUCACUCACACUUUUGAAGGAUAUCACAGCAAAUUUCUCGGACGAUCGAGAAAUCGGCCACGGUGGAUUUGCAACGGUUUAUAAGGGAGUUCUUCGUAAUGGGAACAUUGCUGUAAAGAGGAUAAGGAACUGUCAUUCAAUCAAUGAGACAUUAUUCUAUCGAGAAGUUGACACCCUAUUGAACAUUAAACACAAAAAUGUCGUACGCUUUCUUGGCUUCUGUGCUAGCACAGAUCAGACAGCCAUACAAAUUGCAGGAUCAAAACAACAUAUUUAUGCUGAAGUAAGAGAAAGACUACUCUGCUUUGAGUAUAUCAGCAAUGGAAGUCUACAAAAGUAUGUUACUGAUGAAUUAAGAGGACUGGAAUGGAAUACACGCUAUGGAAUAAUUAGAGGAAUCUGUGAAGGUUUGCAUCAUCUACACACGGAGAAGCACAUAUAUCAUAUGGAUUUGAAACCUGACAAUAUACUACUAGAUAAUGAUAUGGUGCCGAAAAUCACAGAUUUUGGUUUAUCAAGACUUGAUGAAAAGUCAAAAACCAUGAAUAAAGACCGUCUCGGAUCACUAGGAUAUUGUGCUCCAGAGUACAUAUCAGAAGGAAAUAUGUCAUUCAAAUCAGACAUGUACAGUUUGGGCAAAAUAAUCAUCGAGCUAGUGACGGGAGGAAAGGCGAUCCUCAAUAAUAGCAAUACUGUACUGAGGAGAUGGAGGCACAGAUGGAAAAAAUCAGGAAAGGAAACACCACUGGUUUACCAACAAGUAGCAAGAUGCAUCGAAAUUGGGUUACUCUGCCAAGAACGUGAACCAUCCAAGCGACCCUUUAUAUGGGAUGUAAUAAAUGACAUCAGACACAUGGAGGUUGUAAAUGGGGAAAUCAACAAUGCCAAUGAUUAUACAUUUGGGAAGAUAAGCUCUUGCCUGGAGGAGGAUGAUAUGCUUGGAAUUGAGCCACUCAAACUACAUUUUCCUUUUGCCCUUAACAAACAAAUGUCCUGCGAGAUUCAACUAACCAAUGAGACGGACUCUUACAUUGCCUUCAAUGUCCAAAAUAUGAGCCCCAAGUCAUACAACACACAGCCGCAGAAAGACAUUAUGCCACCGCGAUCCAAGUGUAACAUUGAAAUAACACUGCAGGCGCAAGGGAAUGCGCCGACAGAUAUGCAGCGUACCAAUGAAUUUGUUGUGUGGAGCACCAAAGUGAAUGAUGGUAUUGCAUUUGAGGACAUAACUAAAAACAUGUUCAUCAAAGAGGCAAUCAAUGUGGUUGAUGAGGUUAAUUUGGAUGUGGUUUUCGAUGUAAGUGAGCAACAAGAAGCAAGUGAUAAAAUAAGUGAGGGCAGAGAUCGUGCCAAUGAAUCUACCGUGUGGAGCACCAAAGUGAUGAUUGAUGGCCUUGCAGUUGAGGAUAUAACUACAAACAUGUUCAUUAAAGAGGAAGACACCAUGGUUGAUGAUGUGCAUUUGGAUGUGGUUUUUGAUGCUAAUGAGCAUACAAUGCCACCUCUAAUACAGAUCAUAGAUGAUAAAGCUGGGAAAAUCUAUUGCAUAGAUGCAAAUCAGAAAGAGCCGUUGAUUAUAGUGGGUACCUCACUUGGGAAUGUUCAGACAUGGAACUAUGACACGCAGGCAAGUUACUAUAUUGCUUCGGUAGUUACUAUUUAAGACAAAGAAACAAAUUUAUUACCUCGUGCCCUCUACAUUAAAUGCUCACAGCCCAAGCAUUUUAUUCAUAAGAACAUUUUAUUCAUAAGAACGUUACUGUUUGGUGAUGGUAGAUGGCAAAUGUUUUUACCCACUGUUUUCUCGUGGCAGUAUUUCAGAAGUUAUUCAGUGUGUAUUUAUGCCAUAUUUGCUUACAUUGGACAAUUUGGACUAACAAGUUACUCAGUUAUGUUUACUGGCAGAAAGUGAUCGGUUUGACUAAGGUCUCCGCAG